AUGAAGUUCUCCCAAGUUCAGCUUGCGGCCUUCGUUGCCAGCCUGGCCUCUGCGCAGACUCUCAACAUCCCGACCCGUGUCGGCGAGAUCACUUCGCUUCCUGAGCCCAGCGUUAUCACUGGAAGCGAGGACUUUGGCAACAAGGAGUUCGAUCGUGGCCACCCAUGCGACUCUGACGAGGACACUGGCAGUGACAACGCCGUUUUCGUGCUCGAGGAUGGUGCCAGCCUCUCCAACGUCAUCAUUGGUGCUGAUUCUCUUGAGGGUGUUCACUGCCUUGGUGCCUGCACAUUGACCAACGUCUGGUUCCGCGACGUUUGCGAAGACGCCAUUUCCGUACUCGGCACCGGUGACGCCACCAUCAUCGGUGGCGGAGCCCAGGAGGCCAAGGACAAAGUCGUCCAGCACAAUGGUGCCGGAACCGUCACCAUCAAAGACUUCACCGUCGUCAACGCCGGAAAGCUGUACCGCAGCUGUGGUGAUUGCACCAACAACGAGUCCAAGUCACCCCGCAAGGUUAUUGUCGAGAACAUCCGCGCCUACGGCAUGACCUCCGACCUCAUUGGCAUCAACUCCAACUUCGGCGACGAGGCUACCAUCAGCGGCUCUUGCGGUGAGACCAAAAACGUCUGCCAAGAGUACAAGGGUGUCAACAAGGGCAGCGGCUCCAGCUCCAAGGUUGACACCAAGACUAGCUGCAAGGGUGCUCAGGGUCUGCUUGAGACUCUGCCUGCUUGCGGUGCCGGUGACGAGCUCCCUGAGACCGAGGUUCCCUCUGAGACUGCCUCCGAGACCACCGUCUCUGCUACCGCUACCCCCGUCGAGACCGCUGAGGAGGAGACUCCUUCCGCUACUACCGCUCCUACCGAGACCGAGGAGGCUCCUGAGGAGACCACCACCCCUACACCUACCGAGUCUGAAUCCGCCCCCGAGGAGGAAGCCCCCGUCACCACCGCUGCCCCUGACCCCUCCACUCUCCUUACUCUCACCAAGACUGCCGAGGACUCCACUCCCACUGAGGACUCAUCGAGCGGCAGCGUUGCACGCUGGGGACAGUGCGGAGGUAAGGGCUACACCGGCCCUACCGCCUGCGCUGCUGGCGAGUGCAAGGUCCAGAACGAUUGGUACUCUCAAUGCUUGUAA